AUGUCUGGAAAUGGUCUCGUCGACCACUCACCUCAGCAGCCGUCCCCUGCGGCUCCCAUACCCRCAGCGUCAAAUCUGGUGCUGAUCGACAACUAUGACUCUUUCACCUGGAAUGUCUACCAAUACCUUGUUCUCGAGGGAGCCAAAGUGACCGUGUUCCGGAAUGACGAGAUCACUCUUGAGAAGCUCAUUGAAUCCAGACCGACUCAACUUGUCAUAAGCCCAGGCCCAGGCCAUCCAGAGACUGACUCUGGCGUCAGCAAAGCUGCCAUUGAGCACUUCAGCGGUAAGAUUCCUGUUUUGGGCGUCUGCAUGGGCGAGCAAUGUAUCUAUUCCGUAUUUGGGGGCACCGUCGAUCGAACUGGGGAGAUUCUUCAUGGCAAGACCUCGCCACUGCGCCACGAUGGCAAGGGUGUAUACGCAGGACUCAUACAAGAUCUUCCUGUGACGAGAUACCACUCCCUCGCAGGAACUCACCCUACGUUACCCGAUUGCCUGGAAAUUUCGUCUUGGAUUGCUUCGGGCCCUGAUGGUGGUAAGGGUGUCAUCAUGGGCGUGCGGCACAAGGAGCUUCUGGUUGAAGGUGUACAGUUUCAUCCUGAGAGCAUCUUGACUGCGGAGGGCAGAGUGAUGAUUAAAAACUUCCUACACAUGCAAGGUGGUACUUGGGAGGAGAACUCCCGGUUGCAGAAGCAGGCCGCGCCGGCAGCGGCAAAUGGCGCUCCUGCAAACAGCAGCGCGGUCGCCACUAAUGGCGAGAAGAAAGGCAACAUUCUCGAGCGUAUCUACGCGCAUCGCAAACUUGCAGUCGCGGCGCAGAAACAGGUUCCUUCGCAGCGGCCGGAGGAUCUUCAGGCUGCCUUUGAUCUUGAUUUGUCGCCUGCGCUCAUUUCCUUUCCUGAUCGGCUCAGGCAAACACCCUUCAAGCUUUCGCUCAUGGCUGAAAUCAAGCGAGCUUCGCCUUCAAAAGGAGUCAUCUCAUUAUCAACGUGUGCACCCGCGCAGGCACGAACCUAUGCCAUGGCCGGAGCAAGUGUCAUCUCCGUUCUCACAGAACCCGAGUGGUUCAAAGGAAGCAUCGAAGAUCUAAGGAGCGUACGCCAAGCAUUGGACGGUAUGCCAAAUCGACCGGCUUUGCUACGCAAAGAAUUUGUGUUUGAAGAGUACCAGAUUCUAGAGGCUAGACUCUCUGGUGCGGAUACCGUCCUGCUGAUCGUCAAGAUGCUUGAUCUCGAAACCUUAACAAGACUAUACAAGUACUCGCAGUCCCUUGGUAUGGAACCAUUGGUCGAGGUCAACAAUGUGGAAGAAAUGGAGAUUGCCGUGAAGCUGGGAUCCAAGGUCAUUGGUGUCAACAACCGUAACCWGACGAGCUUUGAGGUGGACAUGGAGACGACCACCAGACUAAUGAGCAUUGUUCCAAAGGGGACAGUCCUCUGCGCACUCAGUGGUAUCGCUGGACCAAAGGACGUUCUGCCGUACCAACAGAAUGGCGUCGGUGCUGUGCUUGUUGGUGAAGCUUUGAUGCGUGCACAGGACACGACCAAGUUCAUUACAGAGCUCCUGGGUGGUAGUGAAGAGGCCAUCAAGGCUAAGCCACAAAAGAAGCUGCUUGUCAAGAUCUGUGGCACAAGAAGUGCAGAGGCCGCCAAAGCAGCGAUAGAGAGUGGCGCCGAUCUGAUUGGAAUCAUUCUCGUCGAGGGUAGGAAGAGAUGUGUUACCACCGAGACAGCUCUUCAAAUCGGAGAAGUUGUACGCAGCAGCUCAAAGAAGACAGAGCCUGCGACCGACGCAUCUGCAGUGGCAAGUGGCAAAGCUUCAAGCUACUUUGCGCACACAGCAGCGCACCAUAUCCAACAUCCGAAGCGUGCAUUGCUUGUGGGAGUGUUCCUUGAUCAGCCACUGGAAUACGUGCUGGAGCAGCAGAGGACAUUGAGUCUUGACAUUGUUCAGCUUCAUGGUUCUGAGCCACUGGAGUGGGCCACGUUGAUCCCCGUACCUGUGAUACGCUCAUUCAAGCCCGACCACGCAGGACUUGCGACACGAGGCUUGCAUUCCAUGCCCUUGCUUGAUUCGGGCUCAGGUAGUGGCAAACAACUUGAUGUCGCGAGCGUCAAGAGCCUUCUGCAGGCAGAUGACGGUCUUCGCGUCGUCCUUGCGGGAGGUCUCAGCCCGGAGAACGUUUCACAGGCAGUCAAUGCGCUGGGUGAUAACAAGGCUCAGCUCGCAGGGGUUGAUGUCAGCAGUGGCGUGGAAGUAGAAGGAGAGCAAGACUUGCAGAAAAUUCGUGAUUUCGUUCAAGCAGCCAAAGGCAUAGAGCUUUGA